AUGGACUGUGAUUACAAAUUGUUUUCGACCAGCUUGAGCAAUCUGGAUUGCGGAGACAUUGCGGAGUUAAGACUUCGCACUGCGCGGAGUGACACUCCGCACAGUUCGCAGUUUGUCUUCUCUUUAUCAGAAAAAUGCAAAGUCUGCCGCCAAUGUGAGAGAGCAAUUCCUUCUUCAAAUAUUGAUUUGCAUUUUGCGCACUGUUCCCGGAAUCUAGAAAAAUGUAAAGUAUGUGGUGAUAUGGUUCCAAAAAAUUUUGCGGAGGAACAUUUUCUGAGCACUCAUGCUCCGGUAGCUUGUUCCCAGUGUAGUGAAACUAUGGAACGUGAUGUUUUAAAUUUUCAUAAAGGAGAAAAUUGCCCGCAGAGGAUUGUGACUUGUGAAUACUGCGAAUUUCCACUGCCAGCAAUUGAUUUAUUGGAACAUCAGGAAGUAUGUGGGAACCGGACAGAGUUAUGCCAUCUGUGCCUCAAAUAUAUCAGACUCCGUGAGAGGGAUGGCCAUGAAAGCCGCUGCAAUGGUCUUGUCAAUGACAUUGCAGAAUCUUCAAGGAACACGAGGCCACCUGAAGGAGCUCAAAGAAGACCACCACCACGCGAGUUUUCACCAAGGCGCCUCUUUUUUUCCAUUGCAGUCACUGGCAUCGCUGUUCUGUUAGGUUCACUUUUCUUCCAAAGGAAAAGAGAGCAAAAUCAAGUGCAUUAG